UUCGCCUGAUUGCCUUGAUGGCCUGGCCACGGGCCGGGAGUAUUAGAGAUCUGCUGUGGGGGUCUGCGCAUCCUCCGGGUCCUGACCAUGUCUGGCUGUCUUGCUCCUGAGGGAGACUGCUGCUCUCGGCGAUGCGGCGCGCAGGGAGAGGCACCGGUAGAGGACAAGGAACAUCCGAGAUACCUGAUCCCAGAACUUUGCAAACAGUUUUACCACUUGGGCUGGGUCACAGGAACGGGAGGAGGAAUUAGCUUGAAGCGUGGCAAUGAAAUCUACAUUGCUCCCUCAGGAGUGCAAAAAGAACGGAUUCAGCCAGAAGACAUGUUCGUGUGUGAUAUAAAUGAACAGGACCUAAGUGGACCUCCAGCAUCUAAGAAGCUAAAAAAAAGCCAGUGUACCCCUCUUUUUAUGAAUGCUUACACAAUGAGAGGAGCAGGUGCAGUGAUUCAUACUCACUCCAAAGCUGCUGUCAUGGCCACCCUUCUCUUCCCAGGACAGGAAUUUAAAAUUACACAUCAGGAGAUGAUUAAAGGAAUACAGAAAUGUACCUCAGGAGGGUAUUAUAGGUAUGAUGAUAUGUUAGUGGUACCCAUUAUUGAGAACACUCCUGAGGAGAAAGACCUUAAAGAACGGAUGGCUCAGGCAAUGAAUGAGUACCCAGAUUCCUGUGCAGUACUUGUCAGGCGCCAUGGAGUAUACGUGUGGGGAGAAACAUGGGAGAAGGCCAAAACCAUGUGUGAGUGUUAUGACUAUUUGUUCGAUAUUGCCGUAUCAAUGAUGCAGGUAGGACUCAAUCCUACACAGCUACCAGUUGGAGAGAAUGGAAUUGUGUAAGCCAAGUGGAAGUUUAAUUAUCUACAAAGAUAAAGUUCAACUUGAUUAUUACCUAAUUAAAACAUCUAUUUUUUAAAUGGAUUCAAGUUUUCAGUAUUGCCGUUAAUUUGUUACUACUACACAUAGUCACUAUCUCUUCUGACAUUGACUAUUUGCUUUAUUGUAAUUUUAAAGAAGGCAAUGGAAUAAAGGUUUUUUUUUUAACUCA